CCUGCCAGCAACUUCCACCUCCUACUAUCUCAACAGCAUGUGCUAAACUUUAUCUUAAAUACUCAUCGUUCUGGCUUCUGCAUGAAACUACCUGAAUUGCUGAUAUCGAAGCACCCAGUGCCUCACCCAUACUGAAGCGUGCACAGAUUGACUGCUGACUAUCAGAGGGACAAAUCCAGCUCUGGCAUUAAUCUGCCAAUAUGUUCAGAUUUUUACCAAGAAAAUUCAACAGAGUGAGGACUGUGUUGCUUCUGGGAGGUCUCCUCAUGGUUUUUUAUCUCUACAAAGAUUAUCUUGACUACGAAAUCCUCCAUGUAGAUGCCGGAAUGGAUGGCAGUCGAAUAUUACCACUCAUCCAAAAUACCUCCUAUGUAUUUUCCUGGCCAAGUUGUGAAAAAAAUAUGUCUGUUGACAACAUCACAAAUUUCCACAUACUUCCUGAUCGCAUGCAGGACUAUUUUUAUUAUCAACACUGUCGACAUUUCCCAAUGCUACUGGACCUUCCUGACAAAUGUGGAGGAGCUGAUGGAUCCUCAGAAGUCUUCCUUCUUUUAGUCAUCAAAAGCUCCCCGGAGAAUUAUGACCGCAGAGAGACCCUGCGCAAGACCUGGGCAAACGAGAGUUUGCAAAACAGUGUGUGGGUCAGACGUAUCUUUAUCAUAGGAUCAAUGGGGUUGGACAUUGAGAAGAAAAGAGUGAACAAAGUUCUUAAGCUGGAGCAAAGUCAGCACAAUGACAUUCUUCAAUGGGACUUUAAGGACACUUUUUACAACCUCACCUUGAAGCAGAUACUCUUUCUGGAAUGGAUGGAAAGAAACUGUCCUAAGGCACGUUUCCUGUUAAAUGGUGACGAUGACGUCUUUGUGAACAUAAACAACGUGGUCAAGUAUCUCCAAAGCCUUGAGGACAAUGAUGGAAGCAAGCACCUCUUUACCGGCUGUCUGGUAAGAGGUAUGCCACCCAUUAGAGAUUCAUGGAGCAAGUAUUUUGUUCCAGUCCAGUUGUAUAAGUUAGACUCAUACCUCCCUUACUGUAGUGGUGGGGGCUUCCUCUUAUCAGGUUACACGGCUUUGGUCAUAUACAACAUGUCCAAGUCGAUUGCCCUUCUUCCCAUUGAUGAUGCCUACAUGGGAUUGUGCCUGGCCAAAGCAGGACUUAGUCCAGAUAUGCAUUUGGGUGUGAAGCCAUUAGGACUUCACGGUCUCUCCAGACGUGCAGAUGAAUAUGACCCUUGCUUUUAUAAAGAACUUCUACUUGUUCACAGAUUCCUUUCAGCUCAAACAUAUCUUAUGUGGCACAGUAUAAAUGACCCCAAUCUGAAAUGCUUUGGCAAUGCCAAAUAGUGAUUGCAUGAUGAUGACAGAGCUUGUUGGCACCAAGAUAUUCCCACUUUGUUCAGUGUAAUCCAUGAAACAUUUAAUGCUAAACCUUUAAAAACAAAUGUACAUAGCUUAAACUUUAAGUAUAUUACUGAAGCUUAGAUUGGGGUGUAGUUGCACUCGAAAAUAUUAUGCUGACAGUUGUUUACAGAAAGCAGCCACGCCUGUAAAUGAAAACUAUUUGUACAAUAUAUUUAAAACUUCUCUAUUGCUUUAAAAUAUAGCUCCUAAAUAACAGUGUCAUUAUUUUGUACCAUAGUGUACAAUGACAUUUCAAUCAGGAGAGAUAAUUGAAUUAAGAAAAUCAUUUAUUAGAAAUGAAUAAUAUGGAAAUGUGUCUUGACAGAAAUACUUUUAGCUUGGACUCUAUGGGAUGGGUGAUGUGUUUGGAGAAUGACAAUUCUGAGCUUCAGCAGCAUAAUUCCCCCCCAUGGAGUCCAGACCCUGGUGGUGGUGAAGCUAAGGACUAUAUGAGACUGGAUGGGAUGGAGAAUUGAUGGAUAAUGAUUCUGCAAAGAUGGCCGGUGGAGGGGAGGUGGAGGGGUGCAUGAAACAUCAACAUGAAGGAACUAAGGCAGAGAAAGAAACAUAUUUAAAAGGGGAGCAGAACGAUGAUAGGUUCAAAAAGGGGGCGGAACGCCAUGCCAUUGGUUAGAUGAGUACCACUGAUGAGACAGCUGAUUAUCCAAUGACAGCCCCAGAAAAUGACAGCUCAAGAAGUACAGCGGAAAUGUGAGUGAGCGUGCAAAAAGGAUGAAUGAGAAAGAUUAAGAUUACUUUAUUGAUCCCCGCAAGGGGAAAUUCUGUUUUUACACUCUGUUUAUCAUGCAACACACACAUAGGCUGAAAUAUACUUUUUAUAUAUAUUUAUAUUUAUUGAGACAAAUACAGUAUGUGAAUAAUUGGAUUCUUCCUAACAUACACUAAAUUAUUUGUAGGUAUACAUGUCUUGUAAACACAAACUACCAAUGAGUCAUAAUGAUAUGUUGAUGGUUAAAAUGGCAGGAAUACAUUUCAUCAUCAAUCAAAAUGUUCCAUUAAAUGUGUUACAGCUAAGUAGACAGACUUUUAAAGAAAGUGUCAGAUUUUAUUUGAUUAAAGAAAAAACAUAUCCUUUUAAAGACAUUCAAAUAUUUCCUAGUCAACGUUUAACUUAGCUGUGGAAAAGGCUAAAUAAUGUACAAUGAGCAGGUUACAGGUAGCAAGAUAUAAGUACAUGUAUCACGUUUAAUUUUUUAUUCCACCAUAAUUGUCUGUGCAUGAACAUUUCCGCUGAUAUAUUGAAGAAAAUAUUGGAUGAAACUUGGAUUUCGGUUGUAUUUUAUAUAUAUAUAUAUAUUAUUUGUGCUUUGGUAAUGAGAUUUGCUUGUUAAGAAUGCAGCAGUAUAUUGCUCUAAUGAUUUCAUUUAACCUGUAACCUUGGCUGCUUUGUGUUUAUGCAGGAUGACAUGUUUACCACAGCCAUUUAAAAAUGGUAUUAUGUCAUUCUAAAAA